UGUAUGUUCCAAAUGGGAAUCCAUAAGGUGGAGGAGGAGUUGAGCAAAGAGACCCUGGGUGAAUGUCGGAGAAAGACAUGGGAGGACAACCGACGGAAGGCUGCACGUGUGGGGCGGUGUCUUGGAGGUCUAGACCUCGAGCUAGCAGUGCGAGAACUGCAGAGGGAGAAUGUGGAGAUCAAAGCUGAACUGAGAAGGCUGAGAGCACAGCUUGAGAAAUUGGAAAGCCCAAGGCCCAGUUUCCCCCUGGAGUCUCCCAAACCACGAGACAACAGGUUUCCCUCACUCUCCCUCAGACAGCCUACCAGAUUUGCACCUGGUGAGCCCCACUGGUUCCAAGAAGCCCCAUCAUCCAGACCCUACAGGCCUUGCCGUCCACUACUGCCUCACUCAGAUGUGAGGCCAGCACCAAAUGCACAGGAGAAACAGUUCAAGGAGAAAAAGACACAUGAGAAGAAGAAACUGAAACGUCAUCAAAAAGACAUAGAGCAGACAUCGAAAGAAGCGAAUGGAGCCUCGGAAGCAAGAACAUGUGAGAAGAAGAGAUUUCGAAUUAGGAUUGUAUGGAAAGGAUUUAAAGGAAUUAAGUCUUUCUUUCAAAAAUAGCUGUAUGGUAUAGAAUUUCAUGUCCUUUCCAUAUUAACAUAACUUUACUCCUUUACUGCAUGCAAUAAGCCUGCCAAAAUAAUUUUCCAGGCAUUUUUCAUAGAUAUUUAAUUGAUUUAUAAUAUGAAUGUCUAACUUCUCAUUUCAAAAUGUGCUUAUUAGUUCAUGUCUGUUUUAUAAUGUAAAUAAAGAUAUUUUCUUAAAUAGGUGCAAAGUCUGGCAUCAUCUUAAUAGGUACAGUUGCAUCAUUUAAGUCCAUUUAAGUUCCAAGUAAGAUCAUGUCAUGAUUUAUUGACAAAAUAUUAAAAAUGUAUAGUUUUGAAAGGAUUAACAGCUCAACAUUUAUUCAGUAAGAGGUUCAGGAGUAGAAAAAAUGUUAAGAAGCCCCCUAGUCCCCCAGUCCCAGAGUCACAUGCGAGGUUUAACCAUCAAAUAUUAAAACCCUGAGAAAUGAUCAGUCUGAGAUCUGAGUGAAUAGUUUAAGGAAGAGAUUUGUCCAACCGUCCAUGUUCUGUCACAAAAAUGGGGUUGCGGUCUGGACCUCCUUGACACCAAGAAUUGUACAACCGUUUCCCUUUGUAGAUGAUGAAUCUGCCCAACAACAUUCCCAGUGAUGUGGACGGUUAUCUGUUCCCUCCCACUUCCACCUGUAGUCUGCUACAUAAUCUUACAGGAUUUGUCAUGGACCAGUGACAAAUCCUGUCUCAUCUACAUUGUAGAUAUUCUGGGGUUUUGUUGUGAAAUCUGUGAGAUAAGCAUAUCAAAGCAGUGGGUGAAUAUUCCAGUAUCAGCUGAGGUCCUCACUGUAGCCACAGGAAACUGUUCUGAUUUGUGAAUGGUCUGCUCAGGAUGAUCUCACAUAAAACAAUAAAAUCAUUUUCUCCCAUUGGGGAAAGGGCUCUCAAUUCCACUAGCCAGAUUAUAAUCCAGAACAAGAUGUAAAACAUCUGUUUCAGUAAAGCUCCAACCCCAGUCACACAUGACCUGCCAGGAUUGUAAGAACACAUGGACACAUUAGCCUAAGCCAUUUUAUGAUCACAUCGUAACUUCAUAUUUGUCAUUCAUUUAUUCCAUCAAACAGCAUUUAUUUUGCAUAUCAUAAUUUCUUACUUGCAGCCAGUACAGUGAAAACUGAUGCAAGUUUGUACUUGAAGGAACUCCUCAUUAAAACACUCUAAGGUCAUCUUAAAUGGAGUGUAGUGGGCUUAAAUGGUUUCAAAGCGACUAAUGGUGAAAAUAGACAAUGUGUUCAUUUUUAAAUAAAAGAUAUAUUUACAUGCAUGGAGCCUAAA